AUGCCGAUCAUGUUAAAACAACAAUCAUCAUCAAUAAUAAACAAAUCUCCUAAAAAAGACAAAGAUUUGCCAACAGUCAAAGUCACUCAUGAUUACGUUUUUACACGAUGGAUGGGAUCAUGGGAGCGUCGGCUAUCUCUCUGGUCAAACCACGCAUAUUCAGAUGCACUACUUGGUUAUAUUGGCAAGAUUUUUGGUCAACAAGCAAAUAUCUAUCAUUAUUUCGAUCGAUUGUGGAAUGAUAGUUUAUACAAUUCCAAUGAUGAACUUGAUCUGCUGAAUAUCUUAAUUGAGAGAAUAUCCAAAGUACCCGGUGCGAAAACAUCGUUACAUAAACGACAGGAAACUUCAAGAAUUGAGAGUCGUUUAAAUGAAAUUCGAGCAAUUUUCGAUCGAAAUUUCAAUUCAAGGUUCAAGAUUUCGUCUAAAAUCAACACAGAAGACUUGAUUAGAAAAGAUUCCAUCACAAGUUACUUUGAUUUAGGCUGCGGAAACGGUUUGAUCACCGCUCGGAUAGGAAAUUACUUCAAUCUAUCAUCCGAGACUAUUUUUGGUGGUGACGUGUUCAACAGUCACAAUCCUGAUAUAACAUUUGUCUCCAUAGAUCAAGAUCAAUCUAUCAUCGACCUUUCCGACCAAAGUGUGAAUUUGAUCACUUGUCUUGUUACACUUCAUCAUAUACCGCACAUUGAUGAGAUUCUUCGUGAACUCGCUCGUAUUGUCCAACCAAAUGGUUAUUUAAUUAUUCGCGAACAUGAUUGUAAAUUGGAACGGUCAUUAUUGACGAAAUAUCUGCAUUUCAUACAUGGAAUUAUGAUCAUCGCACAUAUCGGUGAAUUCAGUACUGAAUAUUUAAUUGAUAAAAAUGAAAAAUUAACGUGGAUAGAGCAGAAAAAGAAAAUCAUUAACUACACAAAAUCGAUUCAGUACAAAACACGAGAAGAAUGGCAAAAGCACUUGGAAAAUGUUGGAUUUACUCACCUAGCCACAUUUGAUUAUGAUUUGAACAAAACAACCAAUCCACAACGAUUAUUCUACGCAGUUUAUCAGCGUAAUCACCAAGUGACAUCAAAUACCGAACAAACAUAA